AUGAGGAGCAAAUUCGUCCCUGGAGCUGUGCCCCAAAGGACAGGCAGGUCCGGGGGGGCUGGGGGCAGGACCUGCAGCCCCCCCCAGUUUCAGCCUCCUUGCAGGCUUGCAGCUCUGGCCCAGGGGGCUCAGAGAGGGGCUGUGGCCAGGCAACGUUGGGGUACGGGCCAGUCCCGGUGCGCAGGUGGGGGGGUCCCCAUCCUGGAGGGGUGGCCCAGUGCCACCUGCCCCUUCUGGGGGCUGUGCCUGGUGCAGAGCCUGGCAGAGGUCUAGGAGACCCCCAGCUCCCUGUGAGGGUGUGUGGGGAGCGGAUUAAUGCUGGGAGGAGUUCUCCUGGUGUGCGCCCUGAACCCCAUGCCGGCAGCACCCGCUGGGGCCUGGCUGCUCUCCCAGCCCCGCCGUGCUUGUGCCAACGCUGCCGGGUUGCUGCGGAGCAGCCAUCUUCCCAGUGCAUCCCAUCCCCCUCUGCCGGCGCAGGGAAGUGGGAGGGAUGCUGGGGAUGCUAUCAGCCUCAGAGCCCCCCCACCCCUCCGCAGGUGCCCAGGAAGGGGGCACAGUUCCUUCUCACCCACCCUGCUUGCCACAGAGCCCCAGCUGCUGGACGAUGCUCCCACCCCUCUCCUUCACCACCUCCUCCUCCUGCUCUGCGUGGCUGCCUGCACCGCAUCCCCACUGGCGGGCUGCACCGUGCCGGGGUGGGGGGAGAACGGGGCUGCGAGCGCGGCGCUGGGGCUGGCAGCAAUGCCACCACCUCUCUGCUCCGGUGCUGGAGCAGGGACGGCAGCCGGGCAGCUGAGGUGCUGAGCCAGGAGGAAGACAGCGGUGCCAGGCUGGAAUUGGGCAACUUUCUGCCAUGUGAUCCCGAGCCCAGCUCCAGCCCUCGCCACCCCCAGGCAGGCGCGGGCGUCUCCGCAGAGCCCCUCGCUCGUCACCGCGCCGCAGCCGCCGCCGCCCCGGCCAUGGGUGAGAGAUGUGACUACCAGCGUCUGAGCAGCACCGAGGAGGAGGAGGAGAUGCUGGGCCCCCUGCCCCACAGUUUCUCGGACAGCACUGGGCAGCGGGCCCUGCGGCUGGGCAGUGGGCGCCCCAUGCCAUCCCCGCGGCAGGACAUCGCCCCGGGCAUGCCGUGCCGGCGGAGGCUGAGCUGUAGCAUGCAGGCGGAGGAGGGCACGGACUGGCUGCUGGAGCUGCUCACUGAGCUGCAGCUGCAGCAGUACUUCCUGCGCAUCCGGGACGAGCUCAACGUCACCCGCCUCUCCCACUUCGAGUACGUCAAAAAUGAGGAUCUGGAGAAGAUUGGCAUGGGACGCCCUGGCCAGCGGCGGCUGUGGGAGGCGGUGAAGCGGAGGAAAGCCAUGUGCAAGCGGAAAUCCUGGAUGAGCAAGGUGUUCAGCGGGAAGCGCCCUGAGUCGGAGCUGCCACCCCAGCCCCAGAGCACCUUCCGCAAGCCCCCCACGCCACCGCCCCCCGAAGCGGGGGGCCAGCACUCCCUCACCUGCCUCGUGCGGGAGCGGGACCUCUCGCUCUUCGAGAAGCUGGGCGACGGCUCCUUCGGUGUCGUGCGUCGCGGCGAGUGGUGCACACCUGCCGGCAAGACGUUGAACGUGGCAGUGAAGUGCCUCAAGACUGAUGUGCUGAGCCAGCCGGAGGCACUGGAUGACUUUAUCCGAGAGGUGAAUGCCAUGCACUCCCUGGACCACAGGAACCUCAUCCGCCUCUAUGGCGUGGUGCUCUCCCACCCCAUGAAGAUGGUGACAGAGCUGGCCCCACUGGGCUCCCUCCUGGACCGCUUGCGGAAGAACCAGGGCCAUUUCCUCAUCUCCACCCUCUGCCAGUACGCCAUUCAGGUGGCCAAGGGCAUGGCCUAUCUGGAGUCCAAGCGCUUCAUCCACCGCGACCUGGCUGCCCGCAACAUCCUGCUGGCCUCCAAUGAGCUGGUCAAGAUCGGGGACUUCGGGCUGAUGCGGGCCCUGCCCAAAAAUGACGACCACUAUGUGAUGCAGGAGCAUCGCAAGGUCCCCUUCGCCUGGUGUGCUCCUGAGAGCCUGAAGACGCGCACCUUUUCCCAUGCCAGUGACACCUGGAUGUUUGGGGUGACUCUCUGGGAGAUGUUCACCUAUGGACAGGAGCCUUGGAUCGGCCUCAACGGCAGCCAGAUCCUGCAUAAGAUAGACAAGGAGGGUGAGCGGCUGCCACGGCCUGAGGACUGUCCCCAAGACGUCUACAACGUUAUGCUGCAGUGCUGGGCACACAAGCCCGAGGACCGACCCACCUUUGUGGCCCUGCGGGACUUCUUGGUGGAGGCCCAGCCCACCGACAUGAGGGCACUGCAGGACUUCGAGGAGCCUGACAAGCUGCACAUCCAAAUGAACGACAUCAUCACGGUCAUUGAGGGCAGGGCCGAGAAUUACUGGUGGCGGGGUCAGAAUAAGCGGACCCUAAAAGUGGGCCAGUUCCCCCGAAACACGGUGACCUCGGUGGCGGGGCUGUCAGCCCAUGACAUCAGCCAGCCGCUUAAAAACAGCUUCAUCCACACAGGCCAUGGAGACACCAACCCGCAGCACUGCUGGGGGUUUCCCGAUAAAAUUGAUGAGGCUGCUAAAGCUGCACCUUUUAGUACCUGCGUGGAGGGGAGCCAUGGUGGGGAUACAGACGACUUUGAGGUCUGUUCCAUCACCAGCCCCCCGAGCCGGCGGGGCAAGACCAACUACGGCUUUGUGGACGAGGGUGAGCGGGGACCAGUGCUGGAGGACAACCUCUUCCUGCCCCCCAAGGAGACCAAGCAGCCCAGCCUGACGCAGACCACUGAGCUCUUUGAGGAGCUGCAGCAGGAGUGCAUGAAGAGGCUCAAUGUCCCCCUGGGACCAGCUGCCCCCACCGAUGACAAGCCCCAAAUCCCACCUCGUGUACCCAUCCCUCCUCGGCCCUUACGCCGCAAUGAGCCUGGGCGCUGGUCAGGGGAUCUUUCCCCAGCUUCAGGGGGUGAGGAAGACCGGCCACCCCAGAUUCCCCCCCGGGACCCGCUGUCGCAGCCCACGUCCCGGACUCCCAGCCCCAUGGCCCUACAAGUGGGCUCCCCUCAGCAACGUGCCACCCUCUGCUCCUGCCUUUCCACCUCGCCGGGGAAGCCCAUGCCCACCACGCAGAGCUUUGCCCUUGACCCCAAGUAUGCCACCCCCAAAGUCAUCCAGGCACAGGGUAAGGACUGUUCCAAGGGACCCUGCAUCCUGCCCAUCGUGAAGGACGGGCAGAAGGUCAGCAGUACCCACUACUACCUGCUGCCUGAGCGCCCUGCCUACCUGGACAAGUAUGAGAAAUUUUUCAAGGAGGCCAAAAGUCCUGAGGAGUUGCCGGCAUCCCGCUUGGUGACCACAGCCACCGUCCGUCCUAUGGUGCAGCAGCCACCGCCAGACUGCAAGGCCAACUUCUCCUCCAACAAUAGCAACCCUGGGCCCAAGUGCCUGGUGAAAGCCUCCUGCAGCCUCCAGAAGAUUGUCUAUGACGGGCCAGAUGGCUGCCGCCCCGCCGACAAGAUCCGCCUGGUGCAGGACACAGUGCACGGCGUGACCACUGAGGAGUGCCAGGCAGCCCUGCAGAACCACGGCUGGAGUGUCCAACGGGCCAUCCAGUACCUGAAGGUGGAGCAGCUCUUCUGCCUGGGGCUGAAGUCCCGUGUUGAGUGCCACCGGGUGCUGGAGAUGUUCGACUGGAACCUGGCCCAGGCCAGCUCCCACCUCCUCGAUCCCUACAGCACCACCCGCCAGAAGCGGUGACAGCAGGGAUGGGGUGAGCUGCGUCGGAGCCGGAGCAGGCAUCUCGCCUCAGGGCCGCCCCCCUGGUGCCCACCCACACCCACCACGCGACCUGCUGCUGGACUCUGGACUGAGCCCCCGCCUGGGGCACGGGGACACCCCAAAAGGGAGCCUGCCCAGCACUCCACACUUCCCAGGGUGCCUGUGCCCUGGCUUUGGCGAUGGGCUCCAACCCCUGGCCCCUUGUUGAAUUGUUUUUGUAAAGAGAAGUGUAAUUUUAAUAUAUAUAUAUAUU